UCCUCCGGCGGUCACACAGCAACAGGCAGGCGCUCAAGCGACGGCCACUGUUUACAGGAGGUUCGGUGACUCUGCACUGAUCAGUCGGUACCCUUAUCGAUCGAUAAUCCUCCUGGAUCCUGCCGUGACACCGCGUUGCCAUUUUGUUUGGAAACCAAAAAAAAAAAAAAAUCUUUACACAGUGCUUUAAAAACCCAGGUGGCUAACGUUACACACCUUGCAGGAGACACAGCGGGCUGUAUUUUCUGCAUGAAAGAGAUAGUUUCGAGCGCCUUUCUCUGCAGAAAAGCGGAGUGCAACACGUGCAGGCAGUGUUUUGACCAAUCAGUUGUAGAGGCUCGAGCACACGGGUAUAAAUUUGAGGCGGUUGCCGUAGAGACGUCUGCCACUGAAGAGUUGAACGCAACAACCCGUGAUAUCUCGAAAGGGAAACGUGUGAUGAUCACUAAGUCACAGCAAAGCGCACCCUUUGGACAACACAAUGUCUGAUGUGAAAGUCUGUCCCACUGUGAGUGGAAACCCCCCUCCGCCAGAGGUCAUAAAUCCUAAGCAGCCUGGACGUGUCACCAACCAGCUGCAGUAUCUGGAGAAGGUGGUGAUCAAAGCUUUAUGGAGACAUCAGUUUUCCUGGCCCUUUCGCCAACCAGUUGAUGCAGUGGCACUGCAUCUCCCAGAUUAUUAUACAAUUAUUACAAAUCCUAUGGAUCUGAGUACUAUUAAGAAGCGUCUUCAGAACAAAUAUUACUGGCAAGCACUUGACUGUAUACAAGACUUCAACACCAUGUUCACCAACUGCUAUGUGUACAAUCGGCCUGGAGACGACAUUGUUUUUAUGGCACAGAGCCUGGAGAAGCUUUUUUUGCAGAAAGUGUCCCAAAUGCCUAAGGAAGAGUGUGAAAUUGAGGCAAUCACCAUAAAGGAACCAUUGAAAGGGAGAAAGAUGAAUACAGCUGGAAUAAAGCAAAGAUCCCUUGUGUCCGAAGUUGUUCUCCAGCAGACAGUGACAGUCAUUCCUCCUGAUGUGCCUCAAUUUAUCCCUCCAAUCCAGCUCUCUGCACAAAUUGAGGCAAUUAAAAAAGGUUUUAAGAGGAAAGCAGACCCUCCGCCCUCCACCACCUCAGUUAUAACCAGCAGUCAGGCAUCCCCCGCUGAGGAUCAUUCAGCGCCCUGUACAUUAUUCUCCAGGAGAGGCAGUGGAAGGCCCAUCAAACCUCCUAAGAAAGACUUACCUGCCUUUGAGAGUAAGAAGGUCAGACUGUCUGAGCAGCUCCGGUACUGCAAUGAUAUCCUGAAGGAAAUGCUCUCAAAGAGACACUAUGCGUACGCAUGGCCCUUUUAUACCCCUGUUGAUGCAGUUGCUUUGGGCUUGCACGACUACCAUGACAUCAUCAAGCAGCCUAUGGACCUCGGCACCAUCAGAAAAAAAAUGGAUCAACGAGAAUAUGCAAAUGCAAAGGAAUUUGCCGCUGAUGUCCGACUGAUGUUCUCCAACUGUUACAAAUACAAUCCACCUUCACAUGAGGUGGUCUACAUGGCGAGAAAACUGCAGGACGUUUUUGAGGCCCGAUAUCUGAAGGUUCCCCAAGAAACAGAGGAUUGUUCCAUGCCUCCUCAGCGAGUUGACAAGAGAAAAGGAGACAGAGUUGGAAGUCUGUCGACCUCGGCAAGUUCUGAAAGUGAAAGCUCGUCAGAGGCAGAGAGUUCAUCCGAAGAGGUGGCCUCGCAGCUGGCCAAUCUAGAGGAGCGGUUGAAAGCUGUCAGUGAUCAGCUGAAGAGACUCACCCAAGAUCCCAUGAUGAAACCAAAGAAGAAAGCCAAGUUGAAAAAGGAAAAAAGAGCCAAAGAAAAGGAUAUCGCGAGACUAAAGCACAAGUCCUCAAAAUACAAAUCUAUUGUAGAAAAAAUAGCCAACAGCAAGAGCUCUACUUUGCAUGGCAGACACAAUAUUCAUGGAGCAUUACCUUUGAAAUGUGAGGGUGAGGUCCCAUCAAUACCAGUGACCUACCAGGAGAAGAAGCAGUUGAAACUGGACAUUGACAAGCUGCCUGGUGACAAACUGGGCAAGUUGGUGAACAUCAUUCAUGCCAGGGAGUCCUGUCUGCGCGAUUCCACUCUAGAGGAGAUUGAGGUUGACUUUGAAAUUCUCAAGCCUUCCACACUGAGAGCCCUGCAGAGGUUUGUUGCAAUAUGUCUGAAGAAAUGCAACAAGAACAUCUGCAGAAAAAAGCUGGUGAAGCCAACAGGAGGAAUGUGGACUGGAAAACUAAAGGAGGCUGAGAGAAUGUCAAGGUUGCGCAAAGAGCAGAAACCGAUUAAAGAAAAAAAAGCACUAGCUAAAGUCAUUGCAUCUCCUGACCUUAGCUACCCUUCACGCCUCAGUGAGAGCAGCAGCAGCUCAUCAUCCAGCUCUGACAGCAGCAGCAGUAGUAGUCAUUCUGGCACUUCUGAUAGCAGUGACUCUGAAUCAGUGCCAAAAACAAAGAAGCCGAAAAGCAAAGACUCUUGCCAAAAGGUUAAGACGAAGUCAAGGGUGACACGCACUGCCUGUAGUAAGCAGAUAUCGGGGACUAAAGAUUUGACGAAGGCCUCAGUCAAGGCUUGUCACCCUCCUCUCGCUGUGCCGUCCUCGGUAGCAGAAACCAAAGGGCUCCCAACACACCGUAAUGCAGACCAGACCUGUGAUGAGCUGACUUUAUCACCUCCAGAUUUAUCUGCCCUUUUAUCCCCAAUGGCAUCUCCUGGAGUUUCACUGGACUGGGCUGCAGCCAGAUUUGAGCAGGGCCCAGUGCUGUCCCCUCUGAGAGACAGCCCACUGCAGUCCAAAGAUGAAACAAAUUUCAGAUACCCUGAGGAUUUUCCUGACAGUCAGGUGACUAAUGUGCCUUACACCAACUCAUCAAGUAAUUCUACCGAAGAGGAAAAACCACAAAUUCCCAAAAAGGACAUUGUUCUGAAAAAUGCUGAGUCUUGGGCGAGACUGGUGAGGCAGUCAGUGACUCCAACUGCAAUCAAGUCCUCAAAGGAAAGCUUCCAACAGUUCCGUAAGGCUGCCAAAGAAAAGGAAGAACGUGAAAAAGCACUGAAGAAGAAACAGGUGGAAGGAAACAAGGAGAGGGAGGCUCCUGAAAAGAGGAGCCUACCAGGCCCAUGUAAAGCAGAAGCAACUCCACAACCUAUUAAAGAAGAUCCUGAUUCACCAGAGAGCAUUUGCACAGAGGCUACCUUAGACGCACUUAAAGAUGUUGAGCAGCAACAGCCAAAGUCUCCCAUAGAAACACAACCUCCAAUCACACAGUCCUCAGUGGAUAGGGAAAGAGAGAUGGCUCGCAAGAAGGAGCAAGAACGUCGGCGGCGGGAGGCUAUGUCUGGUAUUGACAUGACUAUGCAGCGGGACAUCAUGACUACAUUUGAGCUUAACCUGGACUAAAAAACAACUGGGAUUAAUUUGGGAUUAAACCUGGGUUUAAAUGGCCGUCUGUGUGAGACUUCUGUGUGUCGUCUCAGAGAAUAACUCGAGCUGAUAGUUCUUUCUUGGGCGCAAAAGACAACUUCACAUCAGCCUUAUGUACCUUAUGUAUGCUCUUGAGACUUAAAAAAUAAAAUGUUAAUUGUGAAAAAAAAUUUCAAUAAAAUGUAAAAGGGUCUUGCCCUUAAUUUGUAUUUGAAAUUGAUUGUUGGUAAAUGUCUACACUGACACUGUUGAAUUUGAGAUGAUUGGGAUGAAGCACUGUCAAAAUUCAAACCUUAAUCAAAUCUUUUUUGCAUGUUUUUCUGUUGUCAUAUUUGGAUGAGUCCUUCCACAGCUGAUACUUGUGUGUGACAAGCUAUGCAUCCAUACACUUUCUUGUUUGCUGAAAUGUGCAGUGUUGUUUUGUUCUGUUAAGUUAUGAUGAACCCCUACCACCAUGUUUUAGUUCAUCCUCACUAAAAAAAUAUAUACUAAAUGUAGACAAAACACUGGUUUAUAUAUAUGUUACAUGCACGUGUGACUUUUUUUCUUUAGAAAACAUUCUUGCACAGAAGUAAAUUCAAAUUUUGAACAAAGAUUGAUAGGUCCUUGUCAAAGUUUCCAACGUGGAAUGGAAUUGAUUAAUGUCUGUUCCUGACUUGCUUGACUACUUGAAAAAUGCCAUACAUUGUGUUUACUGCACACGCCCUGCACUUUGUUGUUCAUACAGUUCUGGCUGUUCCAAAGUUGUUUAUUAUCAACAUAUUCCGUAUGUUACAGUUUGUAUAAGCUAACAUAAAUAAGUUCUUCCUUUUUUCUUUUUUUUUUUUUUUUACUCAAAAUAAUAAAGCUAUUUUCA